AUAAUAAUAAUAGUUAACCAUGGUUCGGCAUAAAAGUUUGACAUAAAUAUAAUACACGCCAAAGAGUGCAUACCACAUAAAAUGAUCGAAUCAUUUUCAUUUUUGAAAACUUUAGAAAUAUACCAUAAAAAAUGCGAUGUUCUUCUCUCUCGUAUACAGAACGACGACGUCGCAAACAUAUUAAUAUUGUACCCUUGCACAUAACCGUCUCUAUAUAUAGUGUGUACCAUUGGCCUUGCAGUUAAAUUCAUAUCGAAGAAAACUCAAUUAGAGCUGUCAAGGGUUAAAGAUCUCCUCUUGUUUCCUUACUCAUUUAUUCGAUAGUCUCAUUCAACUCGAGAGAUCAUUAAUUCACAAAACGAUCAAAAUGGCUCUAAACGUAUUGGCAUUUACAUUUGGAAUCAUGGGCAACAUCAUAUCGUUCAUCGUGUUCUUAGCACCAGUGCCAACUUUUGUUAGGAUCUGCAAGAAAAAAUCGACAGAAGGCUUUCAAUCACUUCCCUAUGUGUCAGCGCUCUUUAGUGCGAUGCUAUGGAUUUACUACGCUAUGCAAAAAGAUGGAUCAGGCUUCCUCCUGAUUACCAUAAACUCUGUGGGAUGUUUUAUCGAAACCAUCUACAUUGUCCUCUUCAUAACAUAUGCCAACAAGAAAGCAAGAAUAUCAACUUUGAAGGUUCUUGGGCUCUUGAAUUUCUUGGGGUUUGCCGCUAUUAUUCUUGUCUGUGAGCUAUUGACCAAAGGAUCAAACCGUGAGAAAGUCCUUGGAGGGAUUUGCGUAGGAUUUUCCGUUUGCGUCUUCGCAGCUCCUUUGAGCAUCAUGAGAGUGGUGAUACGAACAAAGAGUGUGGAGUUUAUGCCCUUCUCUCUAUCAUUGUUUCUUACCCUCAGUGCCAUUACAUGGCUCUUCUACGGUCUUGCUAUUAAAGACUUCUACGUUGCGCUUCCAAAUAUAAUGGGUGCGUUUCUCGGAGCAGUUCAAAUGAUUCUUUACAUCAUAUACAAGUACUACAAAGCUCCAAAAACUGACGACACAGAGAAACCCAAAACGGUGUCGGGUCACUCAAUCGAUAUGGUCAAGCUUGCAUCAACUCCAGCUUCCGGUGAUUUGAAGGCUCCUCCUCAAACUCAUGGUGGUGAUUUAGAGGGUCAGAUUGAAAAGGAAAUGGCAAACCAAAUCCAAACCUAAGUAGUUUUUGUGUUAGUGGUUUUAUCGGUCUUGUACUGUUGAGUCGUGUUUCACUAGCUUGUAUUUGGCGCCUUGUCUUUUUCCUCACCAUAUUAUUUCGAAAUUGUAUUAUCCAAUUCAAAAAGUAUGUUUUAGUUCUUUUGAAAUACUUCUGAUAUUCUCUACUCACAAAUACUUGAAUCCUUCUAGUGACAAAUGAAAAAAGGGAAAAUUAAAUUCUAAGUAAUUUAAGUACUAUUCUUUCUUUUGAACUCUAGUAAUUUAAGUACUCGAUCAUUCGCAAGUGAAGUUUUUGAAAAAAAAAA